UCUCCAUCGUUGAGUUAUACUACUUGAAAAUAAAAGGUCAGUCGGACAGACAAUUGAUUAAGUCGUACUACUGCCGCAAUUUACUGCGCAUUUCUAUUUGUGUCGUUGGUAUGAAAAUGCAUCUGUAAGAAAUUCCGUGAGACGUACGUAAGAUAUAUUUAAAUAGGAGCAAAUCAAAAGAACGAUCCGUUAAAAAUAAAAAACAGGAAAUUACAUUUUAACGUAUAUUUUUGACGUUUCUCAUCCUAAUGGCACUGACAGGACCCGACUUACCGAAAAUUCCACAACCUUUGAAAAAUAUUCAGCAAUAUUUAAUGGUCGCUGCGAAGCAUGACCAGCGAGACAGCGUUGUUAGUUAUUGGUGUCGUCUUUAUGCUCUUCAAACUGGGCUAAAACUGUCGACAAAGACAGCAGAAGAGACAAGUUUUCUGCUAAAGCUGAUGGACUGGUUGGAGGCAACCAAAAAGACAUUACACGACAAUGAAGCCAUCACUAACGAAGUAGCUGCUCAAGCACACUUGGAGAAUUGGGCCUUAAAGCUGUUUUUAUAUGCUGAUAAAAAUGACAGAGCAGCCAAUUUUACUAAGAAUGUAGUGCAGAGUUUUUACACGGCUCAAGUAUUAUAUGAUGUGUUAACACUAUUUGGAGAACUGAGUGUAGAAGCAAUGCAAAAUCGAAAAUAUGCACAAUGGAAAGCAGCUUAUAUUCACAACUGUUUAGCAAAUGGAGAAACUCCAGUUCCAGGACCAAUGAAGGAUCCAGAUGAGGAAGAUGAACCAGUUGAGCCAGUUGAAGCAUCAAAUGAUGAUCAAGAUGCUGAAUCGAAUUCUGCUGCUGAAAGUAACAAUGAUAUUCCACAAAGUAUUCCUACUUCACAACCUAUUCCCACAAGUGCACCAGCUACAGGAAUUCAAUCAUUUGAUUCUGAAGAUAGUACUGUAUACAAGACAGAAGGUGGUGCCAAUUUGUCAGUGGAACAAAUUGGUAAGGCCCAAAAGUUGAUCAAAUGGGCAGGCAGUGCACUGGACUACGACGACAUACCUACUUCCAUAAUGAAUCUUCAGAAAGCUUUGCAUCUUUUGACUACGGGUCAAGAACCUGCUUAGAUGAAAAAAGUGGAUAAAUAGCAUAUACACGAUGUUUGCGGCUUUUACUACCUUUGAAUACAGUAGAAGCAAGUUUACAAUAGCUAGUCAAAUCGACCUCAAACACAGUGCACUUAAUUAAGACGAAGAUUGUUACAAACUGUGUCCAUAGAUUUUAAUUGUUGCUGUUAAUUAAAAAUGAGUAUGCAAUUUUA